CAGAAAAGCGGAGAAUUCAAGAACCGUAGAAAAGUGAUGUCACGUGAUGUGCUUAUGACGGUGAAUUCAUCAGCAUUCUGUAUGGGCUGUGAGGUUAAUUAUACAAUUUGGGCGGAAGUAACUGAUUCUUGCAGCGAAGUGAUGCAGCAAGUUCCUCAAUCAAACGAGAAGAAUCCCUUACCAAGUGGACUGUGUUAAAGAAGAUGAAAAGCUUUAUUUAAAUAAAGUGCAAACGGUAUCGAAAAUAGAACAGAACAAUAAGUUGCUCCAACUCUCAGAUCCGCAUUCUGCAUAAGUAGAGGAAGAUAACUCCCUUCCAUGCAGAUCAACUGGAAAGUGUUUCUUCCAUUAGAAAAUCUGAACUACUAAACCGGACGAAAGGCGUAAUUGGCUAAAAAUGUCUUGGAGUAAUAGUGACAGUCGAGUGGUGUUCAAGGUUCCCUACCCCAUGAGUCGCUCUGAGAGAGGGCUAGAGUUAAAAACCCCAAGUUUUUAAACCUUAUAGCUCAGUUGGUAAAUUCAUGUUUUUUUCCUCUCUCUUUUCAUGUUUGCUGGCUUGUUAUUUUGAUAUAUUCUUUCACUUGUUUACAUAAUGGUCAUAUUGGAGAAACUAGUUCUUAUCGAAUGACCUAUUUAUUUAUUUUUUUCCCCAUAAGAUAAGUGUCAUUUACCCAACCUCAACUGUUCUUCUACUGGUUUUCUCGUUGUGUGGAAAUUCAACAGAAAGCAAACCGACAAUAUCAACGUUGCAAAUUCCUCAUGACAUAAACGCCACGGAACAAGGAAUCUCUGAAGGCUCUGCUAAAGAGAAGUCUGGCUUGCUCGUUACUGCCCAUGGGGAAAAAGAUGACAUGGCUAUUAGUGACAAUAGCGACGAGAAUGCUUUGCACUCGGAGCAAGCGGACUGCUAG